GGCUGGAGCAGAGCUGUGACCUUUUCUGGGGUGCUGGAGGAGGAGGAAGAGUGGAUUACAUCGUGAAGUUCUGGCUCGCAGCCAGUGCCCUUGCGGGAAAAAAUAAAUCACCUGGAUAUCCUCGUGUGGUGGAACCAGCUCCCUUGGAGCUGGUGGCUUCCUCUCCACCAUGGCUCACGCAGCCGCUUCCAUUAAAAAAGUUCGAGAGUCUGAACUCGAAGAGAGGGAGAGGAACCUCGAGAAGGAGAGGAAAAGGCAGCGGAAAAUCUCUAGGGCCGAUCGGAAACGCAAGUCUGACAGCAAUGCAAGUUUUCUCCGAGCUGCCCGAGCUGGCAAUCUGGACAAAGUAGUGGAGUACCUGAAGAGUGGAAUAGACAUCAACACAUGUAAUCAGAAUGGACUCAAUGCUCUGCACCUGGCAGCUAAGGAAGGCCAUGUGGGACUGGUACAAGAGCUGCUGGAAAGAGGGUCAGCUGUGGAUUCUGCCACUAAGAAAGGGAAUACAGCCCUGCACAUCGCAUCCCUAGCAGGACAAGCUGAAGUUGUCAAAGUUCUGGUUAAGGAAGGAGCCAAUAUUAAUGCACAAUCUCAGAAUGGCUUUACUCCUUUAUAUAUGGCAGCUCAAGAGAACCACAUUGAAGUGGUGAAAUAUCUCCUGGAGAAUGGAGCCAACCAAAGCACAGCUACUGAGGAUGGCUUCACUCCUCUAGCUGUUGCACUGCAGCAAGGCCACAACCAGGCCGUGGCCAUCCUCCUGGAAAAUGACACCAAGGGCAAAGUGAGGUUACCAGCUCUGCACAUCGCUGCUCGGAAGGACGACACCAAAUCAGCUGCACUUCUCCUGCAGAAUGACCACAAUGCCGAUGUCCAGUCCAAGAUGAUGGUGAAUAGGACGACUGAGAGUGGCUUUACACCUUUGCACAUUGCCGCGCACUACGGAAAUGUCAACGUGGCGACGCUUCUGCUGAACCGAGGAGCUGCUGUCGACUUCACAGCAAGGAAUGGAAUCACCCCACUGCAUGUGGCUUCCAAAAGGGGAAACACAAACAUGGUGAAGCUCUUGUUGGAUCGUGGAGGGCAGAUCGAUGCCAAAACCAGGGAUGGACUCACCCCACUGCACUGUGCUGCAAGAAGUGGACAUGACCAGGUUGUGGAGCUGCUGCUGGAACGAGGUGCCCCGCUGCUUGCACGGACCAAGAAUGGACUCUCCCCACUUCACAUGGCGGCCCAGGGUGACCAUGUGGAAUGUGUCAAACACCUGCUGCAGCACAAAGCUCCCGUGGAUGAUGUCACACUGGAUUACCUGACCGCCCUCCAUGUGGCUGCACACUGUGGCCACUAUCGUGUCACCAAACUCCUCCUGGACAAGAGAGCAAACCCCAACGCUCGUGCCCUGAAUGGUUUUACUCCACUGCACAUUGCCUGCAAGAAAAAUCGCAUCAAAGUCAUGGAACUCCUGGUGAAAUAUGGGGCUUCAAUCCAGGCUAUAACAGAGUCGGGCCUCACACCAAUACAUGUGGCUGCAUUUAUGGGCCACUUGAACAUAGUCCUCCUUCUGCUGCAGAAUGGAGCCUCUCCUGAUGUCACUAACAUUCGUGGAGAAACUGCACUGCACAUGGCGGCGCGGGCUGGGCAGGUGGAAGUAGUUCGCUGCCUCCUGAGAAACGGGGCCCUGGUUGAUGCUCGAGCCAGGGAAGAACAGACUCCACUGCACAUUGCUUCUCGCUUGGGUAAAACGGAGAUCGUCCAGCUUCUGCUGCAGCACAUGGCCCACCCUGAUGCUGCCACAACUAACGGCUACACUCCACUGCACAUCUCUGCCAGAGAGGGACAAGUUGAUGUUGCAUCAGUUCUCCUGGAGGCAGGUGCCUCCCACUCCAUGUCCACCAAAAAGGGAUUCACGCCAUUGCAUGUGGCGGCCAAGUACGGGAGUCUGGAAGUGGCAAAACUCCUGCUGCAGCGUCGUGCCUCUCCUGAUUCAGCUGGCAAGAACGGCCUCACCCCGCUGCACGUAGCGGCGCACUACGACAACCAGAAGGUGGCGCUGCUGCUGCUGGAGAAGGGCGCCUCGCCGCACGCCACCGCCAAGAACGGCUACACUCCUCUGCAUAUUGCUGCCAAGAAAAAUCAGAUGCAGAUAGCUACCACUUUACUGAACUACGGGGCUGAGACCAACAUUUUAACCAAGCAGGGAGUCACUCCACUUCAUUUGGCCUCCCAAGAAGGUCACACUGACAUGGUGACCUUGCUCCUGGAGAAAGGAUCCAAUAUCCACGUGGCAACAAAGACUGGCCUGACAUCCUUACACCUUGCAGCUCAAGAAGAUAAAGUGAAUGUGGCUGAAAUACUCACAAAACAUGGUGCAAACCAGGAUGCUCAGACAAAGCUUGGUUAUACACCUUUAAUUGUGGCGUGCCACUAUGGAAACAUCAAAAUGGUGAAUUUUCUCCUCAAGCACGGAGCAAAUGUCAAUGCUAAAACAAAGAAUGGGUACACCCCUCUUCACCAAGCUGCUCAACAAGGCCACACUCACAUCAUCAAUGUUCUCCUCCAACAUGGGGCCAAACCCAAUGCCAUCACCACUAAUGGUAACACAGCCCUAGCCAUUGCCAGGCGCCUGGGAUAUAUCUCAGUGGUGGAUACGCUGAAGGUUGUGACAGAGGAGAUCACCACCACCACAACUACUGUAACGGAGAAGCACAAGCUCAAUGUACCUGAGACGAUGACUGAGGUCCUGGAUGUUUCAGAUGAAGAAGGUGAUGACACAAUGACAGGAGAUGGAGGAGAGUACUUGAGGCCAGAAGAUCUCAGAGAACUUGGAGAUGACUCUUUACCAAGCAGCCAGUUCUUAGAUGGUAUGAACUACCUAAGGUACAGCUUGGAAGGAGGACGCUCUGACAGCCUGCGGUCCUUCAGUUCAGACAGGUCCCACACGUUGAGCCAUGCCUCCUACCUGAGGGACAGCGCCAUGAUCGAUGACACAGUGGUAAUCCCCAGCCAGCAGGUAACAACUCUGGCCAAAGAAGCUGAAAGGAAUUCAUAUCGCUUAAGCUGGGGCCCUGAGAACUUGGACAAUGUGGCUCUUUCUUCCAGCCCUAUUCAUUCAGGCUGCAUGUCUGGCAAAAAGGAGGCUGGAUCCAUGCUAACAAGAUGCCCUUCUCCAUGUCUUGAUCAUGACAACAGCAGCUUCCUAGUUAGUUUCAUGGUGGAUGCUCGUGGGGGUGCCAUGAGAGGCUGCAGACACAACGGGCUGCGCAUCAUUAUCCCUCCACGCAAGUGCACCGCACCAACGCGGGUGACCUGCCGUCUGGUGAAACGCCACAGGCUGGCCACCAUGCCCCCCAUGGUGGAGGGUGAAGGGCUGGCCAGCCGCCUGAUAGAAGUUGGACCUUCUGGUGCUCAGUUUCUUGGUAAACUUCAUCUGCCUACGGCUCCUCCCCCACUUAAUGAGGGAGAAAGCUUGGUCAGCCGAAUCCUUCAGCUGGGGCCUCCUGGGACCAAAUUCCUUGGGCCUGUGAUUGUGGAGAUUCCUCACUUUGCUGCUCUACGAGGGAGAGAGCGAGAGCUGGUGAUCCUGCGCAGCGAGAACGGGGACAGCUGGAAGGAGCACUUCUGUGACUACACAGAGGAUGAACUGAAUGAAAUCCUGAAUGGGAUGGAUGAAGUACUUGACACGCCGGAGGAGCUGGAGAAGAAACGCAUCUGUCGCAUCAUCACCCGCGACUUCCCCCAGUACUUUGCAGUGGUGUCCCGCAUCAAACAGGACAGCAACCUGAUCGGGCCCGAGGGGGGGGUGCUGAGCAGCACCGUGGUACCUCAGGUGCAGGCAGUCUUCCCAGAGGGAGCUCUCACCAAACGAAUCCGCGUUGGCCUCCAGGCACAACCUAUGCACACUGAGCUUACAAAGAAGAUUCUAGGCAACAAGGCUACCUUCAGCCCUAUAGUGACCCUGGAGCCCAGGAGAAGGAAGUUCCACAAGCCCAUCACAAUGACAAUUCCUGUCCCCAAGGCCUCCAGUGAUGGGAUCAUGAAUGGUUAUGGAGGGGACACACCCACUUUGAGGUUACUAUGCAGCAUAACAGGAGGAACCACCCCUGCCCAGUGGGAAGACAUCACUGGAACAACCCCACUGACCUUUGUUAAUGAGUGUGUGUCCUUCACAACCAACGUGUCUGCCAGGUUUUGGUUGAUAGACUGUCGGCAGACACAAGAAUCGGUUACUUUUGCUUCCCAAGUGUACAGAGAGAUUAUCUGUGUGCCCUACAUGGCCAAAUUUGUAGUGUUUGCCAAAUCGCAUGAUCCCAUUGAAGCACGGUUAAGAUGCUUCUGCAUGACAGAUGAUAAAGUGGAUAAAACUCUGGAACAACAAGAAAAUUUUGCUGAAGUUGCCAGAAGCAGGGAUGUAGAGGUAUUAGAAGGCAAACCCAUCUAUGUUGACUGCUUUGGCAAUUUGGUGCCACUAACAAAAAGUGGGCAACAUCAUAUAUUCAGUUUCUUUGCCUUCAAAGAAAAUAGACUUCCUCUGUUUGUUAAGGUGCGAGACACCACUCAAGAACCUUGUGGACGAUUAUCAUUCAUGAAGGAGCCAAAAUCCACCCGAGGUCUCGUUCAUCAAGCCAUAUGUAAUUUAAACAUCACUUUACCCAUUUACACCAAGGAAUCAGAUUCAGACCAAGAACAAGAAGAAGAGGUUGAUAUGACUUCAGAAAAAAAUGACGAGACAGAGUCUACAGAAACAUCUAUCCUGAAAAGCCACCUGGUUAAUGAAGUCCCUGUACUAGCCAGUCCAGACCUGUUGUCUGAAGUGUCUGAGAUGAAACAAGACUUGAUCAAAAUGACUGCCAUCCUGACAACUGACCCCUCUGAGAAAUCGGGCUCCAUUAAAGUGAGAGACCUGGGAAAAGGCGCUGAAGAGGAGCCAGGAGAGCCUUUUGAGAUAGUGGAGAGAGUGAAAGAAGACUUAGAAAAAGUCAACGAAAUUCUGAGAGGUGGAUCCUAUCCCAAAGAAGAAGGUGUUUUGCACAAGGCCCUUUCCAGACAAGAACCUGUGGAAGAAGAAGAGUGGGUCAUUGUCAGUGAUGAGGAAAUUGAAGAGGCCAGAAGAAAUGCUCCUUUAGAAGUAAUUGAAUCUCCCUGUGUAGAAGUCAGGAUAGACAAAGGGACAACAAAACCGGAGAAGCCAGACAUGACAGGAAUGGUAGAUUACCUUACAGAGGAUUUAAAAACAUACGUUUCUCUUCAUGAGGUGCAGCCACGAGCCUUACAAGAAGAUGUAGUAGAAGAGAGAUUUGAAGCUGUAGUAAUAAGCAGGGAUUCUGAGAAAGGACAAAAAUCACCAACAACUGGAAAACUAAGUCAACAGGAGAAACACAAGCCAACGUUAGACAUUAAAAAGCCAGUUAGGACAAAAGUCAGGGACAAGCAAAAGCCCAAGGAAGGCAAGAUGCACAGCAGUGGAGAACAACCAGGACAAAAGAAGCCCACUUCAGAUGGGUCAGUAGGUGAGGAAACUGGCUUAGCACCCGCAGGUGCUCCUGAGGCUAAAGCCGUGUCCCCUGUUAUAGAGGAAACUCCUAUUGGCUCAAUAAAAGAUAAAGUUAAAGCUCUUCAGAAACGAGUGGAAGAUGAGCAAAAGGUACGGUCAAAGCUCCCUGUCAGAGUUCAGACAAGAGAAAGCACUGCUGAAAAGGCUUCCAAAAAGCCAGCACAGGUCAAAAAAACAGCACCACACAAAGCACAACCUCCUGUGUCACCUUCUUCUAAGACAGAAAGGCUUGAGGAGACCAUGUCAGUUCGGGAACUGAUGAAAGCCUUCCAGUCAGGCCAAGACCCAUCCAAGAAUGUAUCGGGGCUGUUUGAGCACAAAUCUGUCAAGCAGAAGCAGCAGCUCCCUGAGAAGGAAGCCCCCCGGAGAAAACCAGUUUCUUCACAAAGUGAAAUGAGGCGAGGAGCAAUCCACAAGCCAGACAAACAGAAGGACAAAGCAAGCACGGCAGGAAAAGCAGAGAAGGAGCCACUGUCAAAGAAAGGAAAAACACCAAUUUCUGCUGCCGAAACUACCAAGAAAGCUGCAGGUAAAGACCAGGUAAAAGAGCAGAGCAGCAGCAAAAAAACACCUGUACCUCUCCCUCCAGUAUUUGAUGAUCAAAGUGCCAAAGAUACAACAGCUGUGAAGGGCAAGACUUCUGAUGACCAAGGAGAUGCUGACUUCCAGAUCAGCCCUGACCGAAAAACCUCAACAGACUUUUCUGAUGUCAUUAAAGAAGAACUGGAGGAUAAUGACAAGUAUCAACAGUUCCGGCACCUUUCAGUGACAGAGGAGGGAGAGCUUAACCCGGAGCAAGUGCUGACCAGUCCUUUCAAUGCUGCUUUCCCCACAGAGUAUGGGAAAGAUGGAUUCCUUCCUGCUCUUUCUCUGCAGAGUGCUGCUUUUGAUGGGAGCUCAGAAAGCCUCAAACACGAAGGUGUGGCUGAUUCUCCAGGUAGCCUACUUGAUGGAACCCCUCAGGUCAGCUCUGAGGAAAGUUAUAAGCAUGAGGGUCUGGCAGAGACUCCAGAGACAAGCCCUGAGAGCCUUUCAUUCUCACCAAAGAAAAGUGAUGGGCAAAUUGAAGAAGCUAAAGGAGCCACUAGAGCACACACAACAGCAGAAACAUGUCCCCCGAAGGAGCUCUCUCCAAAGGAAGAUGAAAAAGGUAUUACUGAAAGGCAGCUAGAUGCUGUUUCUGAAGCUAGUAAGUCUCAUUCUGCCCAUGUAUCAGAAGAGCUUGUACCUACAGCCUCUGAAGAAGAGGCUGAUAACCUUAAAGGAAGUAGCUCAGCUUCCAUUUUGAAAGAUGUUAGCAGGGCUAAAGAAUCCAGAAUCACUGCACAUUUAACUAAGUCUUCUGAAACACAUGACACUGCUUUAGAGAAAGAAAAAGAUAUAACCUGUGAACGCCGGGGUGUGGUUAGAAGUCCCCAGAAAUUGGAACUCUCACUUACUAGCCAUGAUAGUGAGGGCUGUAGCCCAGUUGCAGAUGACUCUUUGACUAUAAGUCAUAAGGACUCCCUGGAAGGAAGCCCAGUCCUAGAAGAUAACUCAUCACACAAAACGCCUGAUUCUUUGGAGCCCAGCCCUAUGAAGGAGUCUCCCUGCCGGGAUUCCCUUGAAAGCAGCCCUGUAGAACAAACCGUCAGGGCUGGCAUUCUGGGGCAGGGUCCUCUUCAGUCUGUUCUUAGCAAAGUAGAGACCUGCCCAGAGCUGGCACCAGUGCGUUCCAGGAUCCUCCGUGACCCUGAGGGAAGUGCUGAUGAUGACAGUCUAGAGCAAACAUCCCUCAUGGAGAGCUCAGGGAAAAGUCCUCUUUCACCUGAAACUCCCAGUUCUGAAGAAAUUAGCUAUGAAAUCACACCAAAACCAGCAGACUCACAGACACUGUCAAACAUCCCAAAGCCGGCCGUGAUCCCGGAGGUCAAUGAAGAACAAGAGGAUGACUCAGAAAGUGAACCAAAGAAGAAAUUCACCCCUGAGGAGGAGAUGUUUAAAAUGGUGACCAAAAUCAAAAUGUUUGAUGAAUUAGAACAAGAAGCAAAACAGAAGAGAGACUACAGAAAGGAUUGUAAGCAAGAUCAACCUUCUGCAGUUGCUGAUUCAGAAGCUGCACGUGAAGCUAGAGAGCCAGAGUCAACAGCUGCAGAAGAAACAGCUGUACCCACAGUGGGGAUGUCUGCAACUGAAUCUAGGAAACGUUCUUCCUUUUCAGAAAGCGAGCUGGAACCAACUCAGCUGAAAAAAGAAGCCAGCUCUGGGCUCUUAACGGAGCCUAUGAUCCACGUGCAGCCACCCUCACCACUGCCGUCCAGCGUGAGCUCCAGUUCCACUCCUGAUGGAGCGGGUUUUCAACGUAUCGAUUCAGAGCAUGGCUCUGUCAGGACAGGGGCAGUUAAAGCAGAACAGAACAAGCCAAGAGAGGCUGACAAGGAGGAAGCCCUUACCUCUGGGGGCAGCUGUAAGGCUUUUGGCAGGGAAUUGGGCACUUGUCUUUCUGAUGGCUGCACAUCAGCAGACACUGCUGAAUCAAAAUGCGACGGUGCGCACUGCUGCGAGGCAGCCAGUCCCACUGCCCUGGGCACACAGUCUGGGGACACUCUCUGUCAUUCCACUGGUGACAGCCCCCACCAAGAGGUUCAUGUUCAGUCUUCACUAACACUACAGCAACAUGAUGCUGCUGAAAAAGCUGUCAAACCUGCUGCAUUAACACACAGAGAUCUCAUUUCUGCAGGAGCUGUGUCUGAGAGAGCAGAGGAUAGUUCUUGUGGACACAGUGCCACCGAGUGCUCUGUGCCACAAGAUGGCAAACUGGCUGGAGAUGAUACCACUGACACUUCUGCUCUGGGAGAAACAGAUACAGAUGUGGAAACAUCACAAAGAGAUACGUGUGCUGAGGAACCCUUACCAGAGUAUUCAUCCCUUACCACUGACACAGUGGAACUAGAAAGUAGUGUGGCAGAUGCUGGUGAAAGUAGUGCUCCUUACAUAGUAAGCCCUUACGAGAAUGUGUCUUCUGACCACUUCUUUAGUGACUCUGAAAGUAAGGUAGGGUCUGGUGGAAGUCUGCUCCCUAGGGAAAACCAUUCUGUUGAAGAAGCAAAAGAUCAGAGUGGCAAAGCUUUACCUAGGGCCACAGGCAGUGAAUAUCACUCUUCAGAGGAAGUAUAUAUGGAAAUAGAGCCAAAACCAGAGAAUCCAUUUCACAAAAUGUCACAAGGGCCUUCAGAUUCCACAAACUUAGAUGAAUCCACCCUUGAGGAUAUGAGAGAUGAAACAGAUAAAUUGGUCAGUCAAGUUGUCAUCACUAAGACUGAUGUGGAUUCCGAUAUGUGGAGUGAAAUACGUGAAGAUGAUGAAGCUUUUGAAGCUCGGGUGAAAGAAGAGGAGCAAAAGAUAUUUGGGUUGAUGGUAGACAGGCGCUCACAAGGCACCACACCUGACACAACACCAGCCAGGACACCCACUGAAGAAGGGACACCACUUAGUGAACAAAAUCCUUUUCUUUUUCAGGAAGGGAAAUUGUUUGAAAUGACCAGAAGUGGGGCCAUUGACAUGACCAAAAGGAACUAUCCAGAUGAAAGCUUUCACUUCUUCCAAAUGGAGGAGCAGCCUCAGGAAGAAGUUUCCGUAUCUGAAGAAGUGAAAGAAGCAGAGGAGGUGGAAUCUUCUAAUUUGAAGGAUUCACCAGAUCCAUUUUCACCUUCAGAAUCAGAGGACUUGGAUAUCCAAGAAAAAGCUGAAUUGAAAUAUUCACCCCCAGCAUCUGAGCCUAGUGAUAAAUCAGAAGAAAUGACAGGCGAAGGUGUCAGCAUAGGCACCACAAAAGCAGAUCCUAAAUCCAGAAUUCCAAUUAAAAUGGGUAUUUCAGCUUCUUCAAAAUCACCAAAGAAAGAAAGUGCUGCCUCUGAAGCUGAGCCCUUCUCCAGAACGGAGACUGACACGGUUGACAGCAGUCAGGUGCCUUGCCCUCCCUCUCCUGAGCAGCCUGCAGUAGAUGAAGAAUUAGAUUUUUCCAGAGUCCCUAGAUUAGCUGGUUCUGAACAGGGUGACGAGUCCCCAGACUCUUCACCAGAGGAACAGAGAUCAGUGAUCGAAAUCCCUACUGCUCUGAUGGAGAGUGUGCCUUCUUGUGAGAGCAAAUCCAAAAUCCCUGUCAGGACAGCUGCUGCAUCGCAGUCCUCGCAGUGGGAGGACGAGAGCCUUCCCACGGAUGACUGCCCAGAUGGUUUGCAGUGUGAAGGAAGAGAUGACCAUGCAAAACCAAAGUCUAAAAUCCCUGUCAAAGCAGCUUUCCAAAAAGCUGAGCCACAACACACACACACAGACACAGCUGCCCACAAGCUAGAGUCACCCAAAGCUCUUGACACGACAAGCAAAUUGCCCAUGAAACAAGAUACCCGAACUAAGUCUGAAUCUGAUGCGAGUACUCCUCUGGACCCUAAGACCAAGCGUUCCCUGAAAGCUAGGAGUUACGCUGAGGCAGAAGCAGAAGCCAAGGAGAGGGAGGGAGAGAUGCAGCUUGAGCUAGACUCAGAUGAGGCAAUAACAGGAAGAUCCAAGGUGUUUUCAUCACGGCUGCCAGUUAAAAGCAGAAGCACCUCAGCCUCCCGUGGUGCUUUUAGUCCCACCCAAGAAAGUAAGGAACAAUUUUUUGACCUUUACAAAAACUCCAUAGAGUUCUUUGAAGAAAUUAGUGACGAAGCUUCUAAAUUAGUGGAAAGACUCACGCAGUCAGAGAGAGAACAAGAAUUAGUUUCAGAUGAUGAAAGCAGUAGCGCCCUAGAAGUUUCAGUUAUUGAAAAUGUGCCAUCCAGUGAGACUCAGCAGGCAGUUCCUGAAGACAUCUUUGACACCAGACCCAUUUGGGAUGAGUCUGUAGAGACUCAGAUUGAACGUAUCCCUGACGAAAAUGUCCAUGACCAUGCUGAAGAUCAACAGGAUGAUCAAGAAAGGACAGAGGAAAGACUGGCCCACAUUGCUGAUCAUCUUGGAUUCAGCUGGACAGAGCUGGCAAGAGAGCUGGAUUUCACAGAAGAGCAAAUUCAUCAGAUCCGAAUUGAAAAUCCUAACUCACUUCAAGACCAGAGCCAUGCACUCCUCAAGUACUGGCUGGAAAGGGAUGGGAAGCAUGCCACAGAUACAAACCUCACCCAGUGUCUCACCAAAAUCAACCGGAUGGACAUCGUUCACCUGAUGGAGACCAGCGGCAUCGACCCCAUGCAGGCCCAUGGCACUCGCACCUAUGCUGAAAUCGAGCAGACCAUAGGACUGGACCAUAGUGAAGGGUUUUCUGCGCUGCCAGAAGAACUGUACAGUUCAAGACAUAAGAGGGAAGAACAACAUAGAAUAUCUAAAGCCAGUGAGCAGACUGAACACCCUCCUAUUGUCUCAGAAGAAGAUGUGUCUGUCAGUUAUUCUCCUUUUCAGGACAGUACCCCCAGGAGUGAGGCAGAAGUGUCAAUGGCUGAGCUCCUGAGACAAGCACAUAAGGAACAAAUAGAAGCUGAAUUCUCAGGGAAACACCAAGAUCUGCCAGAAAAACCAUCUGCUUCACAACACGAGUAUUUCGUCACAACUCCGGGAACAGAACAGGCUGCAGCUCCAGGAACUGCAAAAGCAGCAAGUGAAAAAUCUGCACCCUUCAAUGUGGCAGAGAGAGGAAAAACAUCACCACAGCCCCCAUCAUCUGCUCACAGAGGUGACUCUCCCAUCAUUCAAGAGCCUGAGGACCCCCAGCACCAUCAGGAGGACCCCUCUCCAAGAAGUAGUCUAGUGAUAGUGGAGUCAACUGAUGAGCAGACAGAAAAGUUUGGAGGAGGCUACGAAGAGGAAUCUUUAGAAAAGGAGUUAGCUGAGGAAUUAGGAGUGCUGACGCUCAGCUCGGACGAGGACGAGAUGGUCACCACCAGGGUCAUUCGCCGCCGGGUGAUCAUUCAGGCUGAUAGUAUGCCUGAAAUUCCACCAGAAACAGUCACAGAAGAGCAAUACACAGAUGAACAUGGCCACACAGUAGUAAAGAAGGUCACUAGAAAGAUCAUCCGGAGAUAUGUGUCUCCAGAUGGCACAGAGAAAGAGGAAGUCCUAAUGCAAGGAGCACCACAAAGCCCUGUCACUGUGGAAGAAGGAGAUGGCUAUUCCAAAGUUGUAAAACGGGUUGUGCUGAAGAGCGGCAGUGAGCAGACAGAGGUGACCCUGUCUGAACCUGCUGUUUUGCCUAGUGCCUCCAAAUUCCAGUCUGAACCAGUCGAAGGCCGGAAGGUCAGCAAAGUCAUAAAGACCACAGUAGUGCAAGGAGAGAGAACAGAGAAACACUAUGGGGAUGCCAGCUUAGCUACUGAUCUUCCAUCAGCCAAAGAGGACUUUGAACAGGACAAUGCUGAGUAAAACCAGCACACAGAAGAGGACUGUGAUGAAGGAUCGGUAUGGAAAACGUGUUCGCAUAGAGGAGCUGGAAGACACACCAGAAGCACUACCACAGGAUGA